UUAUUUUGCGUGAUUCUUUUCGAAAAUUGCGCCCGCAUCAUGCUUCUUUACCCGGCAAUCCACUUGCGAAAACUGGUGGCAUCCGUCGAGCUCCCGGACCACGCCCUGGUGGCGAGGAAAAUCGAGCGUCUUCUGCUUAAGGCGCUAAACCUGCUGGCGAAUCCGCCCCGCCGCGCACCCGAGUUUGCCCCGUGGAUUGUGGUGGCCAUCGACGAGCUGGUCACCGUCGGAGCCCUGCAGCUCUCCGAGGCGGCCCCGUUGAUCCGGCAGGGCCGGCUGCAGAUGCGCCUGGAUGUGUUCUUCCGGCCGCUGGAAGUCGAAACGUGGGAGGCGGAAGACUCCGAGUACGAUGAACCCACUGAAGAGGAGGAGGAGGAGGAGCUUGAGGAGGACGACGAUGACAUCCAGCUGGUUGACCUGGAGGAUUGGUUUCCGGUCGAUUUGACCAGCGACACCGACGGCGACGAGCUGAGUCUGAUGGCCGCCAGCGUUGCGUCCAGUGCCGUUUCGAGAAAGCGACGCAAGCAACAGCUGCAAGAGCAAGAGCCGAUCGCAUGGAAGCGACCGCGAUUCUCGACGCCGUACAAAGUGGACGAGGACGCGAUUCCGUACUUUGAUGAAUCGAUGGAAAAUUAUGAGAACGACGACCAGUGCAAGGAAGCGUCCUCGGAAAUUGUCGAGCAGCCGUUCCAGGUCAAACGCAUGUGCAUCUUUUGUCCGCGGGUUUUCCGCCAACGAUUCCUUAGCGCCAUCAUGUCCGCCAUGGACAGUCUCCCACCCUGGGAGCCGGUUCCCCAAUUCAAACGCAACGGCUACAAGCUGGACACAGUUUGGUUCGUUCCGGUGGACGCUUACUCGACCAACUGGCUGGUUUCCACCGUUGAGAAUUUGUCCAAGAAGCCCUGGUGGCACCGGGCCGGCAUCUUCAUCGAACCGUGGAGUCAGCGCUUCGUGAUGCGGAACGUGAUCCGCUUUACGCUGCCCUGGAAACCCGGCGGCCCCGGCAACGGCAUGGGUCGCGUUGUGCAACGGCUGCGAAAGGCCAACGGACGGCACGGUUCGCAGCGUUGGAACCAGAUUGGGUGUCGGGUGGUCGGCGGCCGGAUUCACGUGUUCAUGGUCGUUAACGAGUACUCGUUUCGCUCGCUAGCUCGGGCGCACUUUUUCGUGUUUUACGGAUUCAGUCGCUACCGGUGCCAGGUUGUCGAGCGUGGCUAUAAGUAAGCUAGACAAAUUAUUGGAUAAUUUUACGCGAAAGAACGUAGAGUUGGUAUAUUUGGCAAUGUCGAACGCAAUCAGAACGAUCGGAUGUUUUCAAAGACCGGCAUGAUACUUAAACUCACAAAAGUUUGACGAAGCUAACACAUUUUUUUUCAAUUCCGCUCAGAUCAAAUUCAAAUUCGAUUCCAAUCCGGACAAAUGUUUGGAAUAAUUACAACGACAAACAGUACCGAUAAAAAAUGAAGCAUUGGUCUUGAAGAGCAUGCUCAUUUUGCUUGUGCAAAAUCCAGUUUUGCCUUUUCAUAACAAGAUGGAAGUGAUUUUUUUUCUUAUUAAACACGAUAACUAUUUAGCCCAAAUAAAUACAGUCCUUAGCUUGUGUUAAACUU